ACAGAACAUAGCCCACUCUUCUUCUUCUUCUUCGUUCUCUCUCUCUCGUAUAGUCAACCAUUUUCCUCUCUCUCCAUCCAAAUUCUACCUCCUUAAGAAACAACCUGGAGGAAGAAGAUGAUCAGUGAUCGGUCGGACUUCAGAGUCCAGAUACGGAGAUUAUCUGUCACUAUGAUCAGAAUGACAUACAGAUGGAUCUGCAAUCAUCCUUUUCUACUGGGCUUUGCUGGGUUUUUGUAUUUUCUGCACAGAACUUGUCCUCUUCUGUUUUCUUCGUUGGUGGCUGCAUCUCCUGUCUUGGUAUGCACUUUCGUUUUGCUCGGAACAAUUUUGAGUUUCGGAGAACCAAACAUACCUGAAAUCGAAAAAGAACCUGAAACUGUCCACGAGGCUGCUAGUUUCAGAACUGAGGUUUCGAGGGAUGCUACUGUUGUUGAGAGAAGCGAUAAGGGUUUUACGGUCGAGAGAUUCGUGAGCUCGGGGAAAGACGUACUUGAGGAUGGAAAUGAUGAUGGUGAUGAUAGAUUAGGGGAAAGCUUACUGAGUGAAGUUGAGGACGACAGUCGAUCAUUUGAUUAUAGGCCUUUGGUUGAUGAGACUCUUGAUGAGAUCAAACGGGAUACUCAAGUAAGGUUUGAGGAGAAAGCAUUUGUUUUGGAGUUGGAGAAGAGGGGAGAUAGAGUAGAGGAGACAUUGUUUGAAAAUGGUGGGACGCAAGUUUCGGGUGCAGAGCAAUCGAGGAAAAAUGGUGGAUCUUUAGAUGAAUUGAUGGACGAUUCGAAGGAAGAUCAGGUGGAUGUAUCUCCAGUUUCACCUUGGAGACCUAUGAGGCAUGAGGAGGACGAGGAUGAUGAUGCAGACCGUGAUGAUUCUCUGGAUUCUGGGUCUGAUGGGGCAGAGAGUUCUUCACCGGAUGCUUCUAUGACAGACAUCAUCCCGAUGCUUGAUGAGCUUCACCCGCUUUUACACUCAGCAGCUCCAGGUCGUGGUAUUGCAGAUGGUGAAGGAUCAGAUGCAGCUUCAGAAGGGCCAAAUAGGAGUAGUAGUGAUGAAGGAAUGGAGUCUGAUGUUGACAGUGAAAGUCAUGGAGAAGAGGGCGACAACGAGAACGAAGAGGAGGAGGAGGAGGAGGAGGAGGAGGAUGAAGAAGAGGAAGAGGAGAAGAAGGAAGAGAAGGACGAUGAAAGUAAAUCAGCAAUCAAAUGGACAGAGGCUGACCAAAAAAAUGUCAUGGAUCUAGGAAGUCUCGAGCUUGAAAGAAACCAGCGGUUGGAGAAUCUUAUUGCCAGGAGAAGGGCUCGCCACAAUAUGAGACUGAUGGCAGAGAGAAAUCUUAUUGAUUUUGACAGUGCUGAUAUUCCCUUUAAUAUGCCGCCAAUCUCAACUGCAAGGCAGAAUCCAUUUGAUCUUCCAUAUGAUCCGUAUGAUGAUAUGGGAUUACCACCUAUCCCUGGCUCUGCCCCAUCCAUUAUGCUAGCGAGGAGAAACCCGUUUGAUCUUCCAUAUGAGCCCAAUGAAGAAAAGCCAGAUCUUAAGGGCGACGGUUUCGAGGAAGAGUUCUCUUCUCAACAACCGAAGGAUCCAGUGUUCAGAAGACAUGAGAGUUUUAGUGUAGGUCCAUCAAUGCUCGGAGGUCCCAGACAUGAUAGGCUACGACCUUUCUUUGUGCUAGAAAGAUUAGCAAAUGAGGGAACGAGCUAUUAUCCCUUUGAAAGGCAGCUCAGUGAAGUUAGUGAAUCAAAAGUCAGCUCUGUUCCUGAUACUGAAUCUGUGUGCACAAUCCUGGAGGAUGACGAAAAGAAGGUGGAUGCACAUGAUGCUGGUCGAGAAACCGAAAUGGGUAAAGUUGAUAUGGCUUCUGACCAUGAUGAAGAAAAAAACCAUUCGGCUUCUGACCAUGAUGAAGAAAAAAGCCAUUCAGCUUCUGACCAUGAUGAAGAGAAAAGCCAUUCGUCAGAAGAUUCCGAUUUUGAUGAACAAGCUGAUAGCAGAAAUUUUCAUCAUGAUGUAGCUGAGAUAAUACUGGGAAGUGCAGAAACACACCAUGAGCAAUCAAACAUGAUGGAAGGAGAGACUUCUGAUAAGACAAAACAUGAUGAAGAAGAUUCCAGCGAUAGUGAUUCAUCUUUAUCAGAUAUAGACGAAGAGAUACCGGAUAAUAGUGAGAAUGAAGCAAUGUUGAUUUCGGAGCGGAAAGUUGAUCUUCAUGGGGAAUCAGGUACUUCGUCCCAGCCUUCUUUUGGAGGAUUAGAAAUCCAUGAUGCAAGAGAGGUGGAGGAUGAUUCUCGCCAUGAUGAAGCGCCUGCUGAAGACUCUUUCAUUACUGCGCACCCCUCACUGGACGAGUCAGCAAUUCAUGAUCUUUGUGGUUUGGUGGACGAACACCACGAAGAACCUGUUUACGAUUCGAGUCCUCCCUCAGCCAGUAGAUUCCCAUCAUUUUCUUCUGUAUCUUCUGACUACAAACCAGAUCUACCUGGGAAAAAUGAAGAAGAAGUGCAAGAAAAAGAACGAGAAGUUGAUUCUGAAAGCAUAAGUCCUGCGGAAAUUCAUUCCACUUCUGAUGAGACCGAAAAAAGUACAAGGGAAGUAGGAGAGACGAGCACGCAUGUUACAGGAGAGGCUAGCCUUCUCACUGCGGAGGUUGGAAUUGAUGGUCAAAAUAUCUCAACCGUUUCAGGAUCUGAAUUUGAGGAUGCCUUACCUGAUCCAUCUUCUCUGCCUUUGGAUAAGAACGAGAAUGCUGAUCACCAGGUGGAUGACCAUUUGUCUGUUUCUAGUCAAGAUGACUUGGAAGAGCUGCAUGAAGACGUGAAAGAAGCCGUACAUACCAGAGCGGUAGACGUUAAUGCAUCUUUGGUGGACUUGGUUUCUCCUACAGAAGAGGAAGUAAUAUCUACAGAGAUGGUCGAACAACAUCUCCCAAUUGAGCGUACAAGUCCACCUUUGGGAUAUGGUGACACGAGGGAGCAUGUGACAGCACUGGAAGAAUCAGCUGAUGUGGUACAUGACAUAGCUGAAACUUCAGUAAACAGGUCAGUAGCUGAAGGGAUAAUGCACGAGGAGGAGGGAGCCCGGAAUCAAAAAGAUGAAGCUAGCCCUCAAACAUUCAAUGCAGACAUCCCAAUAGACAGUUACUCCACUUUGUCUUCCGGAGCAGUGGAGUAUGUUGAGACGCAUUCAUUUAAUGACGAAGAUGUUCCACAUUCGGAACAAGAUCCAGUUCAGUCACCAGUUUCUGAUGCCAAGGAAGAAACUCACCUCAACCAAACUAUGGAUAUCGAAGUAGACUCCGUAAAUGCUACUGCCCAAAAUGUGGGAUUUGAAGAAACGACUCCAUCUGAAUCUGAUAGAGAACUAACCUGGUCAGAUAAAUCUGUGGUAGAACAAUCAUCUCUUGAACCUGGUGAAGAUCAAGUAACAACUCGUGCACCUCCUGUGAGUGUGGUCUUUUCCCGAAACAUCACUUUCCACGAGUAUCACGACGCUCCUGAGGAUACAGCCGAGUUAUCUUGUUUAACGUCUGAGACAUCCUCAUCUCCAGCAGAGUCUCCUGAGUACAAAACACCUAUGGUUGGUGAAGGCUCAAGGGCGGAGUUCUUCCAAGAUCCUAUUUAUGAGGGACUUGACCAUGUGGUAGAGCGAUUGGAUCAUCUUACAGAUUUACAUGCAAUAUCUCAAAGUCCUCCUGAAGUUAUCACUGAAGAGGCAGACGAGAUAAAAGAGAUUGAUGAAGGAUUGUUGUCUGAACUUGACACGAUUGGAGACUUCAGUGUUAAGGAAGUUGUGACAGAUUCUGAACCAGGGCCAUCUUCAAUGAGAUCAGACACUGCCAAUGAACUGACCGAAGCUCUGCCUGUUCUGGAAGCGAGAUCGGUUGAAGACAUAGAAUCUGCUUUCCAGCAGAUCCAAGAAGGAUCUGAGGUUGAGGAUGUUAUACUUCCAAGCACCGUUCAAGAUCAAUUGGCUGAAGAAGAUUAUGGAAAUUCAACAAAGACCAAGUCAGAUUUAGCAGUUGUGGAAGCUACGUCGAAGGAAGAGCUAGAUAAUGCUAUGAAUCAGGUUGUUGUAGAGAGUAUGGGCAAGCAACCAAAGUCACCAGAAUCAGAUGGUGGCUCUGGAGAGAUUAAGUGUGCAGUUGAAACCGAACCAUCAGAGUCUUCAGCUGAAGAAAGAUCAAUUGAUGAGACAAAUUUUCCUCUGAACAACACACCUAAGAAAGAAGAAGAAGAGGAAAGUAGGCCAAAAGAGAGUACCACAUCUGAUCAUUCGUCUAUCGAAACUCGAUCACUGGAGGAAAUUCCAAAACCGUGUGAAUCAAAAGCGGCGACGGAAAGGGAAGUAAUCUCUGAAAGAGUGGUGAUUCCCACAGAAGCCACUGGGUCUAGUAGUGUAACACUAAACGAUGAAGUUGUGACCGAGGAAGCAAAAGCUGAGACCGUUAGCAACGCUGGUGCCAGUGUCCAGAGUCCCGAGUCCAAAGAAACUGCAGUUAAUUCAGGGGAAGGCAUUGCAGAGCAAAAAGUAAAGACAGAGAAGAAGGAGAGGAAGAAGGAUGAGUCCAAUUCGUCAAGCUCGAGCUCAAGCUCAAGCUCUAGUUCGAGUGACUCGGAUUAAAAAAUCCAAGGGUAAUACUCUCAGCUCAAGUAAAUAUAUGUUUGUUGCGCGGUGAUGAUAAGCACUUCUGGGUUUUGUUUUUUUGUUUGUGUGUGCUCUGUUUUAAAAGGGGCAAGAAGAGCCGCUAAUCAUUUUUUGUACCGAGUUUUCUUCUUUUCGCUGGUUUUUGUCUGUCUGUGUUUUCCUUUUCUUCUGUUUCAGCUUUCAUAUUUAUUGAUUUGAUUGAUUUGUAUCUCCUGAUACUAUUUUAAGGUUUUUCAGGGUUUUGGUUUGUUAAAUAUUUUCUCCUUUUUUGGGUUUGUUCUAAAUUAUUUUGUAUUGAACCUGAGAAAUGAGAAGAUGUGUAUUGCUGUUUGGAUAUUUCUUUGAAAUGGUAAAUUAGAGUUGUUAUAUCAA